AAUUUCCCUUUCUUUUCUUUCUUUUCUUUCUUUCCUUCUUUCCUCUUUCCUCUUUCUUUUAUUUAUUAUUUUUUUUUUCAGUUGAAUUCUGUUAUUUACCAUGACAACGGAAGGAGAUGUAGAAGUCAUUAAUUUAAAUGUCAAUUUAGAUCAAUUUAAUAAAACAGAGUUAGUCAAGCCCGUUGUUAUAUUAGAUAAGAAUUAUGAAAUGGAUAGUAGCAGCACGACAUCCACAAAUAGCCCUAUUAUUUCUUCUCAACAAUUGGAAGAAUUGCCAACAUUAUGUGCUUGUAAUGAACUCAUUUCUUCUACGGUUGAUUGUUCAGAUUGUGGACGUCCUGCCUUUAAAGCGCUUCAGCAUCUACAGGAAGAAUGUAACAAGUCUAGAGCGAAAUUAAAUGAUUUAGAACGAGAGAAAGAAGUUUUACGUCAUAAACGAAUGGAGAUAGAUACAGAUAAAGUAAAUUUGGAAAAUAGUUUGCAAGAUAAGUUAUAUAAAAUGAAGAUGACUUCGAAUAAUAUCCUUUCAUUACAACAUGAUAUCAAAAUCUUGGAAACAAAGUGUAAAGAAGAAGCGACUCAAGUAGAAAAAAUUCAACAAUCAAAGGAAAACGUGAAAAGAGAGCUUGAAGAUUUAACUCAGCGUCUAUUUGAGGAAGCAGAUAGUAUGAUUAAGGUUGAAAAAGCAGAACAACACAUACUUCAAGAAAGGAAUAGUAAAUUAAGGGAUGAGCUCGAUUCUGUUCAACUUGAAUUAAGAGAGGCACAAGACGAGCUAAAGUUAAUAAGAAAAGAAUUAGAAAGACAGAAUGAGAACAAUUCAAGUUAUUCUUUAGAGUCACCAACGUCACCGCCAAGAUUUCAUAAUGAAAAUCACACGCUAAAAAUGGGGAAAGAUAGUAAUGUGAUGGAUGCAUACACUCGUGCACAAGUAGAGACUUUGUUAAUGCAUGGCGUUGAAUUUGGGCUUCAAAUGGAUACACUGGAGGAUGAUAAGACAUUAAUGGAUUUUAAUGACUUUAUACAACUCUCUCAAACGACACCUUUACGUAAAAUAAAUUCUUUAAAAUACAUGAAAUAUUGUAUUCGAGAAGAUAUUGAGCCUUGUUUACGAUUUGGCCCGAAUCCAAAGAUGGCUAGUAAGAAAAUCUUAGACGCCAUCUUAGUAAAGACUUGCUUUGUAGAAGAAUGUCCGAAUGGAUUUGUGAUUGAACAAGCAGAACGACAAUUAAAAGAAGAAGCAACUGCAACCCUUUGGGAACGUUUUACAACAUCAUCUGUCUUUCUUGGUUGUCAAGCAUGUGGAAGGGAAAUAAAGGAUCUAAAGGCAAGACCAGACAUAUUGAAAUAUCGUUUUCGAAUUUCUUAUUUUGAUGAAUGGGCCUGUAUUGAUCGUUAUUGCCGUGACCGAUUACUUGCAGUAAUCGAAUUCUAUACCUUUAUACGUUAUCUUCGUAAUGGUGCCUAUAAACAUCGUUCACUUCAUGAAUUAUACCAACAAGCAAUUCGACUUAAAUUACAAAUGUUACUAGCAAAAAUGGGUACUCUACCAGUCAUGUUAAACAAUUGUGGAAUUAACUCAGAAAAAAUUGCAUCUGCUUUUCAAGGUGAAGAUAUUAGUAACAGUAGUUCUAUUUUAUUUUCAUCAGAAUCAGUAUCUAAUAUUGAACGAACAUCGAGUUCAACAGAAUCAACUAUUACCUUUUCAACUGUAAAAUCAUCAAGGACAUCUGCAUCUUCUUCUCAAUAAUACCUCCUCUUAUUUUAUGUAUAUGUAUAUGUAUUACUGCCUUAGUUUAUGAAACUAUAGUACAAAAUUCCAAACCCUUUCUCUAAAAGAAAAGAGUCAUAUUUUCUUCUUAAAAAAAAUAAUAAUAAUAAUAAUUCUUUUUACGUCUUACAUUUUUACUUAUUACUAGUAUUACUUUUAAUUGCUUAACUUAAUAAAGAACUAUCCUUUAGUCUUUCCCCU